GAGUGUAAAGUAUAUCGUCGAACAUAAAUUUAAUUUGCAUUGGGGCCACGACUGUCAAUUGCGUUUCAUCGAAAAUUCGAAUGUCAAACCUUCAGAAUAGUGGAACUUGACGAGUUAUAUCAUCACUCGGUAACAAAAUCGUUUUCCAUCAGGACAUUUGCAAUCCCAAACCAACGAUGGCUGCCAAAGGGUUUUGGUCAUUUAUUCCAACAGUCAAAGCCCAGGAAGAAGAAAUUGUUGACCCACAAGCCGUUCUGAGGGAAAAAUGUGCUGAAGGAGGUACAGCGACCCGGCUUUAUGAAAAAUAUCAGGCUUGCAACGAUCGUGUCAACAGCCGUAGCCAAACAGCGGAAACAUGUGUAGAAGAGCUAUUCGACUAUUUGCACGAGCUGGACCAUUGCGUUACAAAGACCCUAUUCUCAAAGCUUAAAUGAGCGAUUGGUCUUCUAUUGUAGUGUUGAAUUUGGUUUUGUCUUUAAAACGGUAGGCUUUACAUGAAAUAUGCUCUGAUAAGGUUUAUUACAUUCUGAACAACCGUAAUCAAUAAACCAUUCAACAAAUUU